CAAUCUCCCCUCCCGCUCGGUGUCGCCACGCCCUGCGUAGCUUCCCACUCGGUGCCACAGUCCUAUUUUCCAUUGUAUCGGUUCUUACUUCCUGUCAGUCUGACUUCCCCAAUUUUGAGACUUUUCCGACCGUGGCAGUAUGGAGACUUCCCAGUCUCAAGGGCCAGUCCCCGCGACCGACCCUGCCCAAAGUAAAGAGGCCCCGCCGAUCAAGGAAUGUCCAGCCUCCGAGGCAGACUCUAACAUCAAUCUGGUGACCUGGGACGGCGAAGAUGACCCCGACAACCCGAAGAACUGGUCGUUCAAGAUACGAUGGAGGAUGACAGCCAUCGCCUCGACCUUCGCCUUCAUCUCGCCCAUCUCCACCUCCAUGACCGCUCCCGCCUUGGGGACUAUCGCGAAAGACCUGCACAUCCACCAUGCCUUCGAGCAAACGAUGAGCCUGUCGAUCUUCCUCCUGGCCUACGCUUUCGGGCCCCUAUUCUCCGCCCCGAUGUCCGAGGUCUAUGGGCGGCGCGUCAUCUUGCAGGGGUUCAAUCUGAUCUAUCUCGCCUUCAAUACCGCGUGUGGAUUUGCACAGACAGGGCCCCAGCUGAUUGUCUGUCGCUUCUUUGCUGGGUUUGGUGGAAGUGCGGCAAGUGUGAUUGCUUCUGGCAUUCUGGGUGACCUGUGGCGCAAAGAAGAACGAGGCCUGUCCGUCAGUAUCUACACUAUGGUCACUCUGUUGGGACCGACCCUGGGCCCUCUGCUAGGCGGAUUUAUCACUCAAUACAGCUCCUGGCGCUGGACCUUCUGGAGCGUGAGCAUCGCCGAUGGCCUGUUUCAACUAAUUGCCACCUUCUUCUUCCAAGAGACCUACGCUCCGGUGCUGCUGGGUCGCAAAGCAGCCCGACUACGCCAGGAGACAGGUAACACUUCCCUCCGCACCAAAUGGGAAGAAGACGACCUGAGUCUGCGUAAGAAGUUGCAGGUGGCCUGCACUCGGCCGUAUAUCCUGCUGGCCACGCAGCCUAUCUUCCAGGUGCUGACCCUGUACAUCUCCUACCUCUUCGGGCUGGUCUACCUGGCGCUGGCGACCUUUGCCGAGCUCUGGACCACCGAGUACCACCAGUCGAUCAGCACCGCCGGCUUGAACUAUCUCGGGUUGGCCGUAGGGUACAUCAUUGGCACCCAAUCUUGCGCCAUGCUGAUUGGCAUCGUCUACCGUCGUUUGGUGGCGGGCAACAAUGGCACCGCCCAGCCCGAGUUCCGCCUGCCGCUGCUGCUGCCAGGGGCCCUGAUGGUCCCCGCCGGACUGCUAUGGUAUGGCUGGAGUGCGCAGCAUCAUCUGCAUUGGAUCAUGCCGGAUAUUGGCAUUGCGCUGUUUGCAAUUGGGGUCAAGUAUGGCACGCAGUGCACCCAGUUGUAUGCCUUGGAUGUGUAUCCGACUUAUGCUGCGUCGGCGAGUGCGGGAGCGCAGUCGUUGCGCUCGCUGGCGGGGUUCACUUUCCCGCUGUUUGCCCCGUAUCUCUAUGACAAGCUGCACUACGGUUGGGGGAAUUCGGUGCUUGCGUUGGUCGGGUUUGUGAUCGGGGUGCCUGCCCCGAUUCUGUUGUGGAUCUAUGGGCCAGCGUUGCGGAGGAGAAGCCAGUAUGCCACGGGGGUGUAGAGUGGAG